GUUUUUGCAGCCAGCGGGGUCUGCGUGUCUCUGUCUGGUCCAGGGCGGGUGGAGAGAGCCGUAGCUGGGAGCCUGGGACGCGGCGGGCAGUGGGCGAGGGAAGGGCUGCAGGUGCCAUUGUGUGUAGGUCUCUGAGGCUCUCUCAGGAUCCCCCGAGCAUCCUGCGCUCGCAAUUCUCUCUGAGAGGUUGAGAGAGCAGAGGGUGUUCAGCCUGAAGAAGAGGAGGUUCCAUGGAGAUUUUCGACCCCCUCCCAGUGUCUAAGGGGGCUACAAAAGAGCUGGAGAGGGACUUGGUCAAGGACAGGGAGAGGUAGGAGAAGCGGGAAUGGCUUCCCACUGACAGAGUAUGGGUUAGAUGGAAUACUGGGAAACAGUUCUUGGUUGUGGGGGUUGUGAGGCCCUGGCACAGGUUGUCCAGUGAGGCUGUAGCUGCUGCACCCCUGGAAGUGCGUUCAAGGCCAGGUUGGACGGGGUUUGGAGCAACCUUGGAUAGUGGAAGGUGUCCCUGCCCAUGGCAGGCUGGAACUGCAGGGUCUUUAGGGUUGCUUCCGACCCAAACCAUUCUGUGAUGAAAAGAAGGUUACAAAUGGAUACAGGUCUAUAGGAAACCCCCUUAGUGGUUCCACUGCUCACAACACAAUUCUGUGCUCUCAGCUUGCCAGUGCAGCUGCUCAGUCAGAAACCCGACACUUUGUCUGGAGCCCAUAAAUACAGGAAUUAAAUAACCAUUGAGAAAUUACCCUGAGGCUUACGGUGGACCAGCUCCAAGCCGUUAGUCCCACACCACAGUCCUCAUGUGUGAGGAUACAGAUUUGGGGUUUGAAGGAGCCCGUGGUGGAUGGAGGGUGUGGGAGCACAGGGAGCCCGCAUCAGGGUGUGUGAUAAUGCCUUUCUUUCCUCAUACAUUGUCCAGCUUAGUGAAUAACAACAUUAAAUUUUGGCCUUAUUUUCCACAAAAUGCCACUGCACUGAAAAUGGGAAUGUGAACUACAGGGUGCUAACAAGCACAGAGAACAUCUCACAUGGAUUUUGUGAGUACAAAAGGGGCCAGUGAAUUCUAAUUUAGAAGCCAGGAUGGAGGUCUUAAUGCCUGAACCUCAGAUUUAUGUGGAAAGAACUCUGGCUAUCAUCAAACCAGAUGUUGUUGAUAAAGAAGAAGAAAUAGAGGAUCUCAUUCUCCGAUCAGGAUUCCACAUCAUUCAGAAACGGAAGCUCCAGUUAAGCCCGGAGCAAUGUAGCAACUUCUACGCAGAACAAUUUGGAAAAGUGUUUUUUCCUAAUUUAACAGCCUAUAUGAGUUCUGGUCCUAUAGUUGCUAUGGUUCUUGCUAGAAAUUGUGCAGUCUCAUACUGGAAGGAAUUGCUUGGACCGUCCAACAGCCUAAGAGCUAGGAUAACUCACCCUCACAGCUUAAGAGCACUCUAUGGGACUGAUGAGCUGAGGAAUGGGCUCCACGGCAGUCUCAGCAUCUCCUCAGCAGAGAAAGAAAUUCGAUUCAUAUUUCCAGAAGCAAUCUUGGAGCCGGUUCCCACUGGACAAAGAGCUCGGGAUUACCUGAACCUGUAUGUGAAGCCCACGCUGCUGGCGGGGCUCACGGCCCUGUGCAAAGAGAAGCCAGCAGACCCCAUGAUUUGGCUUGCUGACUGGCUGAUUGAACACAAUCCUAACAAACCUAAACUACAGUAUCGCGUCUCUCAGUAAGAGCAUCGGCGGUGAGAGCUGGGUGGAAGCCAUCUCACACAUUUGAGUUACAGCUGUGUGUUGUCAUUUGCCAUGUGUGCUUUGACUGUAUAACCAGUACUACCUGAAGUAAAUGCAUUUGUCAUACUUGUGUCCUCAUGGGAUAAAUAACCUUACACUUAACCAGGAUGCAGUGGUUCUAGGACCUUCUCUACUAAGUCAAUGUAAAAUUACACAAUAAAUUUAUGGCAUUGGGUGAUUUGAAAAAGACAAUGUUCUCAGUGUGUGUGACUUACUGCUACUGUCCACAUUUUACUUGGUUUGGCUGUGAGCAGUGUGGAUUCCCAAAUGGCAUCCAUCUGGCCUAUGCUUUGCAAAGCCAAGGGUUGUGUUUCAGCAAUUUUUAGCAUAAAUUCAGUUAUGAAGGGAGGUACUUGGAUAUAAUGUAGAAAACAGUUACUGGAGGCAUAUUUGGAACUUUGGAAUUUUAAUUACUAAUUACAUCACCCAGCUAAGGUUGUUUUUGAAGACUGUUCACUUAAGUCUGAUGUAUUUUGUCAGAAUGUAAUUUGAAGGACUUAUUUGAAGGUACAUUCAAUGCACCUUUUCCAUCUUGGUGGCAAAAGGCUCAGUGACUAUAACAAGAAGAUGUAUUUUAGUCAAGGACUAAGGUUGUCUUCCAACAUUUGUUUGCAAUAAAGGUGCUUAAUUGGAACAGCUUACCUUAAGUGUGUUUACUGUGUUCUCCUGCUCCUAAAGGUAUGCAAAUUUGUGUCAUUUUCCUCAAACUUUCAUGUGUUCUGUUGAAGAAUUUCACAACGGUGCUCUUCCACAGGCAAUGGGUUAAUCCCACGCUAUUGCCUUCAAUGAAGUAACUAAGCUGUUUUUUUGGGAUGUGGGCCUUUUUCAUUUUCUUCAAAGAGCUUUACUUAUGCUGUUAACUUCAAGCUUUGUAUCUUAUGGUUUGACUGGCUAUAAUGGAGAAAACAGUGUAAUUUUCAUAACUCUGAAUAAGAGUAUGCUUGACUAAUACUAAACAAACAAGCAAUUUCAUAAUUUGUUUCAUGAAAAAACUUGCUUCCCCAAUUGGAGUAAUUAUGAGAAACAUAAGUCAUUUGUCUGUAACAUCAAACUUUAAGUGAAUUGUUUAUCCUCUCAGUGGAACAAACCACUAUUGCCAGCCUAGAUAAUAAACAGAAACUGGUCCCUACAGUACCAAGACCUAAAAAUCUUGUGACUGCUAAGAUAAGGAAAAAAAGAAAGCACAAACCCUCAAAUAAUGAAGAAUAAAAGUUUGAGGUGGUUAGAAAUACAGUAAACAGAUCUGUUUACAGCCAUCUUAUUUUGCCUAUAAUUACUGUACCCAUAUGUGGCUGAUUGCUCCAAUUACAGGACAGUUGUUCUUUGUGGUGUCCUGUCAGCCAAAUAAAAAAAUGUGUUUUCAGAAGAUGCCAGCAACUAAAAUCCGGUGCAUUUGUAAGGCAUUCCCCUGUAUUUUGUUACUUAUUAUGAUAUUUGCCUGCUUUUUUUGAUAUGCUGCUGUUUGAGAAUAAAUUUAUGUUCCUGCUGGAAUUUUCAGUUUUGCUUUUGUGCCAGAGCUGUGUUUUUUUGGAUGAG